CUACUUCACUUGCUUUCAUUGCCCCCCUCUCUCUCUCUAUAUAUGUCAUGGUUUGGUUCUUAUUUAACACAAAUUACAUUUGAUUAAUGUGAAACUCCCAUAGAAUCAAGGGAUCUGAAAGUGGAAGUUGGACAUAUGGGUUCAUUGUUGUUUUUCAAAUUGAGAGAUGCACCAUUUUACUAAAUAUUGGGGCUGAUCAUAAUAAUUUUUCUUUGUUCAUGUGUAUGCUUGUGUGUCAACAAAUUUUAUGUUUCUGUUGUAAAUGGAUGCCUAUAAGGUUAGUUGUGUUUAUAGGGGCUCUGCAAUUUUUGAUGAAAAUAGAUGGGCACUAACUAUUAUGAAAUCUAUAUCAAAAUGCUGUGAAAGGAAACUUUAGAAUUGUAGAAUUUUAAAGAUUUUUUUUAGCUCUAGUUUAGCUAGAUUUCAUUUUUUUGUCAUAAUUGUCUUCCUCCACUCUUUGCAGCCCAAUGUUUUGAUAAAUUCGAAUGUAAACACUUCACAAUUGACUGGGUUUAUAAGUGAGACAUUCUUCAGUUUUGAUUAUGUUAGGAUUUAACAUUUUAAACUUUAAAGUAUGGACCUAUCAUCAACUCUUAAGAAGAGGAACAGUUUAAGAAAGUUUACAGAAUAGAUAUAUAUAUAUAUAUAUUUUUUUUAAAGUAAAAAAGUUUACCGAACAGUUAAAUCAAGUAUCCGAAUUGUUUUUAGAAAUACAACUUAAAUUGAAAUUCAGUUCCUCCAAAAGUAAAGUUGGAGCAUGGAUAUCAUGGUUUGAGCUUCUCAUUCAUCAAAUGUUGGAUUCUUAAAGUUAUGGAGGACAAUACUACUGAUGCCGUUCAAGCUUGUAACUGUAUUUCUUCAUGAAGCUAGUCAUGCUGUUGCCUGCAAACUUACAUGUGGUCAUGUGGAGGGCAUCCAGGUUCACGCAGAUGAAGGUGGCUCAACACAAACACGUGGUGGCAUAUAUUGGUUCAUCCUGCCAGCUGGAUAUCUUGGUUCAUCAUUUUGGGGGAUGGUUUUGAUACUUGCAUCCACAAAUCUUCUCACAGCAAGAAUUGCUGCUGGAUGUUUUGCUGUCGCACUACUUGUUGUACUUUUCGUAGCUAAAAACUGGACGCUUCGGGGGCUAUGUAUAGGAUUUAUUGUCUUUCUUGCUGCAAUUUGGGUUCUUCAAGAAACAACUAAUAUUCGAAUUCUUCGAUACAUAAUUUUAUUUAUUGGUGUGAUGAAUAGUCUGUUUUCAGUAUAUGACAUUUAUGAUGAUCUGAUAUCCCGAAGAGUUAACUCCAGUGAUGCUGAGAAGUUUGCUGAAGUUUGUCCAUGUCCUUGUAAUGGUGUUGGAUGGGGUGUCAUUUGGGGUUUCAUAUCUUUCUUGUUUCUUUGUGGAGCCAUGUAUCUUGGACUUGUGAUCUUAUCUUGAGGUGCUUCUGCUUAGAUCAUUGUUUUCAUUAGUAUCAAAGCUGAACGAUCCUAUUCUCUUUUUGGACUCCAAGCGCACUCUAGUUUGUGACUCAACCUUGAAGCGUGGUUGAAACUCUCACAAGCAUCGUCAUAAAUGACCAAAUGCAACUACAUCAACUAGUUUAAUUGUUCGGUGUUCUCAUAUUUCUCAUCUUUCUGGGGCUUGUUAGCCGGCCGUGUUAUUUCUAAAAUGGACUAGUUGCUACUUAAGCAUUGUUCAGCAGCUGCAGAAUUGUUUGGGGAACUUUUAAGUUACAUCCAUCUGUCAGUGGAGUUUGCAUCCUUCCCUUUUCCAAUUGGGGGCAGGGGUGCAAGGAGGAUGAAAUCAUUUUGGUCUGCAUUUGAAAUUGAUUUAUUCGGAUUUCAUUGCAUGUAUGAGGAUCACAUUUAGGGAGUAAAUGAAAUGUUUUUAAGUUUUGAUUUUCUA